ACUGUUUGGAAAGGCUGCACCAACAGGACCGGGUACGGCACCUUAGUAGACCUGUAGCAUCUACUUUGGCCAACAAGGAGCGCAUGAUUGUAACAGACUACAUCAAGGACGUAGUCUGUACCUUCUCCUAUGGAGGAGGUGAGCUUAACCAUAAGAUCUCGUUCUUGGUUAGCGACGACUUGCCAUUCGAUAUGUUGUUAGGCAUGUACUACCUCRAAGUUGCUGAGCCCCAGUUCGACCGGGAUAAGAAGGUGCUCAAAUACAAGUUGCCCGAUGGCCGAACUGUUAGAUUGACUAAGUUCAAGGCCAGUUGUAUUGUAGAUACCUAUGGUUGCUUGUGCGCAUCAGCAUUCUAUAACUAUUACAAGCAAAACCAAGAGGAGGGUAUGUACCUUGUUUAUGUCUCUGAGAAGGGGGAGGCCGUUAAAACACCCCCCGAGAUAGAACGCGUCAUUGCUAAGUUCCCCGAUCUCUUCAAGGAGCCCUCGGGAGUUGUUGAUAGGGAAGUCGUCCACGCUAUAGAAAUCAUUCUAGGGAUGAUGCCUUUCGGUCUUUGUAAUGCGCCGGGUACGUUCCAGCACGCUAUGAAUCAGAUCUUCCAUGACCACUUAGAUAAGUUUGUCGUGGUCUACUUAGACGACAUUCUAAUCUUUAGUAAGUCUGUCGAGGAGCACGCACACCAUGUUGAGACAGUUCUCUCACUCCUGCGACAGCACAAGUAUAAGGUCGACUUAGAGAAGUGCGAGUUUGGCCGCACUAAGAUACUAUACUUGGGUCAUGAAGUAUCCGCGGAGGGAAUUAGGCCGGAAGAUGCGAAGGUGGCUAGUAUUCGAGACUGGCCACGACCUCAGACAGUCACUGAGGUCAGAUCAUUCUUAGGAAUGUGCAGCUACUAUAGGAACUUCGUCAAGAACUAUUCUACAGUCGCCUCUCCUUUGACUGAUCUAACUCGACUUGACACACCAUGGGACUGGACUAAUGAGUGCGAGGGUGCUUUCAAGAGAUUGAAGCAUGCACUCAUGAAUCAUGAAGUUCUCAUGGUUCCCGAUCCGCAAAAGCCAUUCAUAGUAACCACUGACGCAAGCCAAUACGACAUUGGCGCAGUGCUGGCUCAGCAGGAUGGGAAAAAGUUGAGACUGAUUGAGUACAUGAGUAAGAAGAUGCCAUCGAAGAAGUUGGCUAAGUCCACCUACGAAAGGGAACUCUAUGCUCUCUACAAGGCACUUGUCCAUUGGAGACACUUCCUUCUAGGAAGGUUUUUCUAUCUGAGGACUGAUCAUCAGACCCUCAAAUGGAUCAAGACUCAACCAGCUCUUUCUGAUGCACUCAAGCGAUGGAUUGAGGUCAUAGACCAAUAUGACUUCAAGCUUGAGUACCUGAAGGGAGAGUAUUACAAGGUUGCAGACGCGCUAUCCUGUAGAGCAGACUACCUAGGUGCGCUAGUUUCUGAAUUUGGCGUAUCUAAUGAAGUAACUCAAUCAUUGGUGGGAGCCUAUCAGGAAGACCUUGACACAAUGGACAUCAUCCGCAAACUUCAGGCAAAAGACAAGGCCACAGAAAGUGAGUUUGCGAUGGUGGAUGGGCUAAUCUAUCUUGAUAAGGCCGGAGUAAAGAGAUUGGUAGUUCCAUCUAGUGAACAGUUGCGUAGUUUAUUUUUAGGAGAAUGUCAUGACGCAACUGGGCACUUCGGCUACAAGAAGACGAGUGCUAACUUAGUACGGCGAUUUUGGUGGCCCAGAAUGUUAGAUAACGAGAAGAAGUAUGUUGAGACCUGUCAGGUCUGUCAGCGGGACAAGCCGCGAACUCAAGCACCGCUUGGGUAAUUGAAGCCGUUACCUAUUCCUGAUGGUCCAGGAUUGAGUGUUUCCAUGGAUUUCAUGGACACU